CUCCCCCUCAGCGAUGUUCUACGUCUCGCGCGGGCGCGCCGUCCCCCUCGCACGCACGGGAAACGCCAGCGCCGUACGUCUUAUACACCACAAGCUCGGCUACAAGGUCGCCAAGAACAAGCAAAAGCGUCGUCGAGCGCGACAAGGAUGGCCGGCCUGUCGCACGGAUGCGCGAAAAGUCUGCUUCGGUGGGUGUCGGGCGUCCCCAUCUUUUGCUCUGGAGCGCACUUGCAACGCCCUGCUUACUUGGCGUGAACAGAUCUUCCGGGCGCUUCCGGCAAGCAGUUUGGGGCAUGAGCUGUUCGAGAGCACGGAGCCGGGACGUGUGGAGGUGGACCGUCCGCUCAUGAACCCUAUGGAGCUGGGCACCGGUGUCUUGACGCGAUUCGACGACAAAGACCCAACAGCACCGAUGAGUGCCUUCGGAGUGCCGAAGCACAUGCUGCUCGAGUUCCGUAUUCUCGGUGCCCCCUGUUCAGUGACGACUACGACGACCCUCUCGCUUGUGCGCGCGCUCGAGGAGUCCAAAACUCGACCAGCCCAUGUGGUGCUCAACGGCCGCGAAGGCAGCGGCAAAUCCUUCCUCCUCCUCCAAGCAGCGCAGUACGCCUCGGCAUCCCGAUCCUGGAUCACCAUCUACGUCCCCCGCGCACGCACGCUUGUCGACGGCUCCACGCCGUACUCGUACUCGCUCUCAACUCAGACCUAUCUCCAGCCACGCGCCGCACGGGUUCUGCUGCAGCGCAUCGGGCGCGCAAACGCGCACCUCUUGCCGCAUAUGCGCAUGAGCUCGACUGCGACCUUCUCUGCGGAUGGGGGAACGGCGGUGACCGUGCGGGAAGGCCAGCCGCUCACGGCCCUAAUAGAGAACGGGUCGCUGGAAGAUGGGUUACAUGCGCACGCGGCUCUGGAGAGGCUUCUGGAGGAGUGGGGAAACAGACGGAGUAUCCGUGCUGAUUGCGAUCCCCUGUUCCCUGUGUCUGACCAACUGGCGGACUCGCUGAGAAGAUCCCCCGAGUUCGGACCUUCCCCGCGUUCCGUGCGGUACCGACGGAGCACACAGCUUGCGUCUUAUCUGGAGAACACGAUCGAAGCCCCCAUGCCGAAGGAGCUCGAUCCGAAUGUGUCGGAGGUCGAGAUGCAUGCAGCCGAUCUCUGGUCUGGAUGGCUAGCAUUCGAUCCCCCCCUAACAUCUGGAAGAACAUGGUUGUUGCCGAAGGUCAACAAUCGGAAGACGUCUCUGGCAGGGCCUCUUCGACACCGAGGACGACGUCCCCGUAGACGAUGGCAAACGGAAGAAGAACCCGCCCAGGCGAAGAAAGUCCAGGCUAUUCCUCCUGUCAAGGCACUGCGGGCUAUCCGGGUCCCGUCGACCAUCUCCAUCCGCGAGGCAGCGGCGCUGUUUGAGCUGUGGUUGGACGCAGGUGUCCUGCGAACAGGUGGCGAACGGCGAGUUGGCCGUCGGGCCGAUCUGAUGAUGCUAGACGGGUUCAGGAAAAUGAAAGAGAAUCCGGAGGCGACUUUCCGCGCGAUGGAAUCCGAAUUCGGCAGCGCCACAACAGCAAAAGCCGAUGAGCCCGCAUCCCGAGCCACAGGCACCCGCGUUGGGACAGCCGCGGUGGAUGGAAAAGAGUCAGGAGACUGCAAGCCCAGCCCACGAUGUGGUCGAGGAUUUGUGGAAAGCGGGAUGGCUGCUGGCACGGCGCAGCUGCUCGAAAAUGCAUUUGAGGCGACGGAAUGGAGCGAGCGAAAAGCGGCUGAAUCCAAAACCAUGAUAUCGUUUGACGAAGACGAGUCAAGUGUCGUGGUCGACCCGUCGGAGGGCAGCGUCUCGACUUCUGCACGUGAAAGCGCGGAUGGGCAGACUGAGCGCGGCAAGGAAGAAGACAUCAGCAUCACCGACCUUCUAGCGAUGGCCAAGGGAACAGACCAGCUGAAUCUGGGGACAGCCCUGAGAUUGCAGAGCUGCUCUCGGCCGGUUUGCGGAAUGUGAUGGAGAAUCCAAAAGCACUUCAGAAUCUGAUGGGCCGACAUCUACUCGCCACACCCCAAGAAGAGCCCACGGCUGAGGGCGGGGCGGAUGAGCUGUUCCUCAGCAAUACACGGAGAGUAGCGGUAACCCGAGGGCCUUUGUUGGGGCGGGCUCCUGGGCUCAUUGCAGACGUACACAAACUAAUAGAAUAAUGUGACUGUUAUGCUCUCAUCUACAUCGAAUCCUGCUCAGCAUGUACCGAAUUCUACAACUGUUGCAAGACUCGAAGAGAUGCCAUCUUUAAAAUCAGUCCAGUGGUCGAUUGUCACGGGUAUCCCGAGAACAAGCGAAAGAGAGGCUCGGAGGCAGACCACCAGAGACAUUGGAAUCGAUCGCACUACGGAAAUGGCCAUUGCAGAAGCGACCCAGAAGUGUAUCGUUCUAUUUUCCACGCUGCAAGAGAUUCUUUUAGUCGCCAGACACUAUGCGCGAUGGUGGUUACCAUGGCCGAUUAGUCAGAGCAAAUCUGGCUGGUUGUUGUAGGAAUAUGGAUAGCGCAGUGCUGACAGAUGACUUCCAGUCAGAAUGGUUGAAAUGCUCCUUUCACAUAUAAGGCGGUACAUAACUG